AUGGCUAGCCUUUUACCAACAUCCUCAAAUACUAAUGUAAUUCCAGAUACUCCCCAUGGGACGGCUAGCCUUUUACCAACAUCUUCAAAGGCUGUUGUAAUUCCAAACACCCCUCCUAGGACAGCUGGCCCUUUACCGACAUCCUCAACUGAUGUAAUUCCAGAUACUCCUCUUAGGACGGCUAAACUUUUCUCAAAGACUGAUGUAAUUCCAGACACUUCUCCUGGGAUGGCUAGCCUUUUACCAACAUCCUCAAAGACUAAUGUAAUUCCAGAUACUCCCCCUAGGACGGCUAGCCUUUUACCAACAUCUUCAAAGGAUGUUGUAAUUCCAGCUACCCCUCCUAGAAUGGCUAGCCUUUUACCAACGUCCUCAAAGACUGAUGUAAUUCCAGAUACUCCUCCUGGGACGGCUAGCCUUUCCUCAAAGAUUGAUGUAAUUCCAGACACCCCUCCUGGGAUGGCUAGCCUUUUACCAACAUCCUCAAAGACUGAUGUAAUUCUGGAUACUCCUUCUGGGACGGCUAGCCUUUUCUCAAAGACUGAUGUAAUUCUAGACACCCCUCCUGGGAUGGCUAGCCUUUUACCAACAUCCUCAAAGGCUGAUGUAAUUUCAGAUACUCCCAAUGGGACGGCUAGCCUUUUACCAACAUCUUCAAAGACUGUUGUAAUUCCAGAUACCCCUUCUGGAACGGCUAGCCUUUUACCAACAUCCUCAAAGACUGAUGUAAUUCCAGAUACUCAUCCUGAGGCGGCUAGACUUUCCUCAAAGACUAAUGAAAUUCCAGACACCCUUCCUGGGACGACUAGCCUUUUACCAACAUCCUCAAAGACUAAUGUAAUUCCAGAUACUCCCCCUGGGACGACUAGACUUUUACCAACAUCUUCAAAGGCUGUUGUAAUUCCAGAUACCCCUCCUGGAAUGGCUAGCCUUUUACCAAUAUCCUCAAAGACUGAUGUAAUUCCAAAUACUCCUCUUGAGACGGUUAGCCUUUCCUCAAAGACUGAUGUAAUUUCAGACACCCCUCCCAGGACGGCUAGCCUUUUACCAACAUCCUCAAAGACUGAUGUAAUUCCAGAUAGUCCCCCUGGGACGGCUAGCCUUUUACCAACAUCCUCAAAGGAUGUUUUAAUUCCAGAUACCUCUCCUAGAACGGCCAGCCUUUUACUAACAUCCUCAAUGACUGAUGUAUUCCAGAUACUCCUACUGGGAUAG